CCGCGCCGCCGUACGGCGAGAUGGCUGCGCCCGCGUUUCCGCCGCGCUGCACUUGGCCCCCGCGGCUUCCGUUGUCGCGUCGCGCUGUGGCCCGUCGGAGCGACAUCGCGGUCAGUCGGCGGACGGACGAGGAAGAUGGACGCAGCUACUCUGACCUAUGACACUCUUCGGUUUGCUGAAUUUGAGGAUUUCCCUGAGACCUCAGAGCCUGUUUGGAUUCUGGGUAGAAAAUACAGCAUUUUCACAGAGAAGGAUGAAAUCUUGUCUGAUGUGGCAUCCAGACUUUGGUUUACGUAUAGGAGAAACUUUCCAGCCAUUGGGGGAACCGGCCCCACCUCGGACACGGGCUGGGGCUGCAUGCUGCGCUGUGGACAGAUGAUCUUUGCCCAGGCAUUGGUAUGCCGGCAUUUAGGCCGAGACUGGAGAUGGGCACAACGGAAGAGACAGCCUGAUAGCUACUUCAGUGUCCUCAACGCUUUCCUAGACAGGAAGGACAGCUACUACUCCAUCCAUCAGAUAGCGCAAAUGGGAGUUGGUGAAGGCAAGUCUAUAGGCCAGUGGUACGGGCCGAACACUGUCGCCCAGGUCCUCAAGAAACUUGCUGUGUUUGACACAUGGAGCUCCUUGGCUGUUCACAUAGCAAUGGACAACACUGUGGUGAUGGAGGAAAUCAGAAGGUUGUGCAGGGCCAGUCUUCCCUGUGCAGGGGCUACUGCACUUCCUGCAGAUUCUGAGCGGCACUGUAAUGGGUUCCCUGCUGGAGCUGAUGUCACCAACAGGCCAUUGCCCUGGAGACCCCUGGUGCUUCUCAUCCCUCUGCGCCUAGGGCUCACAGACAUCAAUGAGGCCUAUGUGGAGACAUUGAAGCACUGUUUCAUGAUGCCCCAAUCCCUGGGUGUCAUUGGAGGGAAGCCCAACAGUGCCCACUACUUCAUUGGCUAUGUCGGUGAGGAGCUCAUCUACCUAGACCCCCACACGACACAGCCUGCAGUGGAGCCGACUGACAGCUGUUUUAUCCCUGAUGAGAGCUUCCAUUGCCAGCACCCUCCUUGCAGGAUGGGCAUUGGGGAGCUCGACCCAUCCAUUGCUGUGGGGUUUUUCUGUAAGACUGAGGAUGACUUUAACGACUGGUGUCAGCAAGUCAAAAAGUUGUCUCUGCUUGGAGGUGCCCUGCCCAUGUUUGAACUGGUAGAGCAGCAGCCUUCCCAUCUUGCCUGUCCCGAUGUCCUGAACCUGUCUCUAGCCCACCCCUGCCGAGUGCUGUGCGCCUGUGCCACCUCCGUCCAGAGGGCCUGCUCUGCUCAUGGACCGAGGACUGCGCUGCCUGGAGGCCUUACUGCUUGAAGUCAGACUGCCCAACCCCAAACACAGGCAGGGCCUGUCCACAAGAGGAGCCACCUACCAGAAGGCCUAGUCAGAAACAGCAGGUCAGGAACUUCCAGAGUUCUCCGCUUGACACUGCCAGCCCUGGUCAGCGCAUCAGCUUUGGUUCUGCUUUCUCCUGGGCAUCUGGGUCUGUGGUUUGUUUGGAAUUAAAGCCCUGUUUGAAGUUGUUCAACAUAGACAUGAAUUUCUGGGGCACUUCCCAGGUCAGUCUUGGAAGACCUGCAGGUUGGCAUGUACAGAGCAACAGCCACAUUGUGGCCUCAUGCUGCUGGGCAGGUUGAGCUUUGGGGCUUUGUCUCCUGCCCGGUGUGAUUUAUCAAGGGCUACCUCAGUGGAAAGUUACAGCAAGGCUGCUACUUGCUUUGGAGAGAAAAGUAUUCUGGGAGGGCCUGUGGGAAAUCCAAAGAUCAGUGUGCAUGAGCAGAAUGUGGACACCUGAACUGUGGGACAGCUGAUGGACUCCCAGGGUAUCUUCUGGAGCCACUGUCCUCAGAGGUUCCCCAUUAGGGUAGAGCUCUCUGUCUCCUUGAGAGGUUGCUGCAUUUCAAGCCGCACCGCCUGCUGCCAUUUGCUUGCCAUCCAGCUUCCCUGUGGGAGGAGAGGGGAGCAGAGCUGCUCUUUGCCUGUGACACUGUACCCACUGGUGGGAUGGUACAUGCUGUUAAUAGGGUGCACACUGCCACUCGAGCCUUCCUCCAUGUUCUUGCCCUUCUCAGAACCACCCUCCUGGGUCACUGAGGUUUUAGAUGGUUGGGGACCAAAAGGGUGAAAGCACUACAGCUUUGUGGUGCAUGAUAGAUAUUUGGUCAGGGUAGCCAGCUCCUGGCACCAGUGGGUGAAGUAUCCAGACCUUUAGCAUUCCUUUCAGCACCUGCCACCAUCUAACCUUGGCUUUCUGGGCCUUUACACCUUGCCUCUCCUGUCUGCUAUCUUAGAAAUGGGGCUUUCCUUCCCCUAGAUGUGAACAGGGUUUGGCAGCUUGAUGUGGCCCUUGCAGGAACCUUCCUAAAAACCUUUUCCUAAGGGGCUAUGGAUGGGCGAAGCUCCCUGAUGGUGUGUCCAACAUAGCAGCUCUAAGUAACCCACCAAGGUAGCAAGGGAUACUCCAGUCCUCCAAGUGUUGAUGAUGUAAUUUAUUUCCUUUUAUUCUCUCCUCUCUCCUCCUCCAUGCCCUCCCUUAGCUUCAGGUGGGUAGGACAUGGGGAAGUCCUGCACAGUUUCCAUUCCUCUGGGGCUGUGCUUCCUGAGCCCAGUGGCCACUGAGCUGCUACGGCCCAGGUUCUUGCUGCAGUUCCUGCUAUUGGUACCAAGGGUGGAUGUGUGGAACUUGACAACCUGAGGGAACUCUCAUGGCUUGAGAAAGGCUUCCUGAAGAGGUUGUUCAUUCUUAGUAGUAUAGUUUGCAAUUCUUAAUGGCAAAUAAUAAGUUUCAGUAGAAAACAAA